AAACAAAAAGAAGUGGAGGAGGAGACAUUCGGGUCAACAAGUGAUAUGCUUUGUUCAAUUUGAAUUAGAUACAAUCACAUCAACGGUGAUUAUACAACAAGUUCAUACCAAUGCCCACCCUAAAACCUCCAUCAAACUUCCACGCUCUUCUCAACAAAGACCUGUCUUCUCUGCUCAAACUAAACCAAGUUCCCUCCUUUCUCGAGGACGUCACCAAGUACUUGAAACUAUCAGCUGACACCAAAAACCUGAAGCUUGGUAGAGUAAUUCAUGCCCAGUUGAUUGUUACCAAUCAAGCCUCACCAGACCAUGUGAUUGAAAACAAUUCCUUGAUCAAUUCUUACAUGAAAUGUGGCCAUGUUUUGAUUGCUCGCCAACUGUUUGAUAGAAUGCGCAUACGAAAUGUAGUUUCAUGGAGCGCUUUGAUGGCAGGGUAUUUCCAUAAUGGGUUUGCUUUGGAAGUUCUCAGAUUGUUCAGAACUAUGAUUUCAGUGGAUUAUUUGAAGCCGAAUGAGUACAUAUUAGCGACAGUUCUUUCUUCUUGUUCUAAUAGAGGAUCACUCAAAGAGGGCUGGCAGUUUCAUGGGUUUGUAUUGAAGUCUGGAUUGGUGUUUCAUCAGUACGUAAAGAAUGCGCUUAUAUACAUGUACUCGUUGUGUGCAGAUGUUGGCGGGGCUAUGAGGGUUUUGAAUUCAGUGCCUGGAUCAGACAUUUUUACUUACAACUCCAUUAUAAAUGCGUUUCUGGAUCAUGGGUAUUUGAAUGAAGCAUUUGAAGUUUUGGGUAGGAUGGUGGCUGAAUCUGUGGCGUGGGACAAUGUCACUUAUGUGAAUGUUUUUGGCCUUUGCACUCGUCUUAAAGAUUUGAAACUGGGUUUGCAAGUUCACAACCAUAUGCUGAGGAGUAAUGUUCAGUUUGAUUUAUUUGUUACUAGUGCGAUUAUAGACAUGUAUGGGAAAUGUGGUAAGGUUUCAAUUGCAAGGAAAGUUUUUGACGGGUUGCAAACUCGAAAUGUGGUCUCCUGGACGGCAAUAUUGGCGGCUUAUUUACAAAAUGGGUGCUUCGAGGAAGCAUUGAAACUAUUCAUAGAAAUGGAACUUGAAAUUGAGAAUAUAGUUCCAAAUGAAUAUACCUUUGCUGUAUUGUUGAACUCUAGUGCUGGUCUAUCGGCAGUGGGAUAUGGGAGUUCAUUACAUGCACGUGUCCAGAAGUCGGGGUUUAAGGAUUAUAUAAUUGUGGGGAAUGCUUUGAUCAGUAUGUACUCGAAGAGUGGAAACAUAGAAGCUGCAAGUAAAGUAUUUACACAUUUGAGAUUUCGAGACUCCAUUACUUGGAACGCAAUGAUAUCUGGAUACUCUCAUCAUGGGCUCGGUAAAGAAGCGUUGGCGAUAUUUUACGACAUGUUAGCUGCAGAAGAGCAUCCUAACUAUGUAACUUUUGUUGGGGUUCUUUCUGCUUGUGGACACUUGGGUCGAGUACAAGAAGGGUUUUAUUAUUUGCACAAUUUAAUGAAACAAAUGGGCAUUGAACCUGGACUGAAGCACUAUACCUGUAUUGUUGGGCUUCUGAGUAAGGCUGGACUACUUGAUGAAGCUUUGAAUUUCAUGAGGCUUACUCCAGUGAAAUGGGACGUGGUUGCUUGGCGUACUUUGGUUAGUGCUUGUCAAGUACAUCGGAAUUAUGGUUUAGGGAAGCAAGUUGCAGAAUUUGUCUUACAGAUGGAUCCUGAUGAUGUGGGAACUUAUAUCCUUUUGUCUAAUAUGCAUGCCAAGGAAAAGAGGUGGGAUGGAGUUGUUAAGAUCAGGAAGUUAAUGAGAAAAAUGAACAUAAAGAAAGAACCAGGGACAAGUUGGACAGAGAUAAGAAAUAAUACUCAUGUUUUUGCUUCUGAUGACAAUAAACAUCCAGAGGCUAGUCAAAUUCGUGAUAAGGUAAGGGAAUUGUUGGCCAAGAUAAAACCAUUAGGGUAUGUGCCAGAUAUUGCUGCUGUAAUGCAUGAUGUGGAGGAGGAACAGAAGGAAGAUUAUCUUAGUUUUCAUAGUGAGAAGUUGGCCAUAGCAUAUGCCCUCAUGAAAACACCUCCAGAAGCACCAAUCCGAGUGAUUAAGAACCUUAGGAUGUGCGAUGACUGCCACUCUGCUAUGAAAUUUAUCUCAAAGGUCACAAACAGGGAAAUAAUAAUAAGAGAUGUCAACCGCUUUCAUUGUUUUCGUGAUGGAUGCUGUUCAUGUGCAGAUUAUUGGUGAUGUAUUGAUGCUUUUUGGUCAUGUAAUGGGUAGUGGAGGAAAUUUCAGCUAUGGAACAGAGAGGUCAGUCGCAACAAUUCAGCCUCCAUGGCAGCUCAAAGAUAAUAAGCUCAUUUUGAGGAUGUCCCUAGCCACCUAGACAUAUGUCAUGAAACUAUAGCAAGGGGCUUAAUCUUCUACGGACCUGCGUUACCUGAAAAUUUCUUCUACAAGGUCCGGUGGAAACAUUGCCAGCUGAUGAUAUACGUACUCAUAUGCGCACGUGUCUAUGAACUCUUGAAUCAGGAUUUGCCCACAUGGAAGAGUUUUCCAAUUCCUGCAGCUGAAUCUGUGGCUUUUAGUUCUUUUAUGAGCUAGGCAGCCUACAUUUUCCAUCAGACUCUGCUCACUUAUCUCAUACAUGGUAAUGUGACAAGAGAAGUUUGACAGAAGGGAUGCCAAAUGUUAAAUAGCCAUGGUUUUUUCUUGCAUGGAAUAAGUUUAAUGCAAUUUACAAGGAUUUCACUUCCAAGAGGAACCGAUGGGAAUUCACAAGAUUCACUUCCAAGAGGAACCAUUGGGUCAUCAGCCCGGAUGAUAUGAUCUCCUCCCCAAAAAUCUUAAUGUUGUAUUUACACGCUUCAAGUUGCAUGCUAUCAAGGUACACAAUCUUCGCCGUGAACUAUGUUAUUUGGAAAGAAAUUACACUCUUUUUUUUUCGGAAGUUCAAACAAAGAAAUUGCAUUUCAUUGUUGGGUGGUAUCGAAUACCACCAAGGAAGAAUAGGAAAUCCCACUUCUAAUAAUGUCAAUUUUUCAUAUAAAAUCCCAGUGGUACUGAUGUCACUUGUUGUAUUACAUGUUUUU